UUGGCUCUGGAGAAGCUAUUUCCUCACUGUCUGCAGCCGUGGCUUAGGAGGGAUGUCGGGGCUCCCGGGACAGGCGGCGCUGGCAACCUGGGAGCCUGCUGUUCUCCCUGCAGGGCAGCACCUGGCUGCUAUAGGCUGGGAGCCUCACCCUUGGGCCCUGGAAGGCCCCAGGGCUAAGCUCGGGAAAUUUCCACCGACUUGCCUCGAUUUGGGCUCCCGGGCUGCAGUGAUGUUGCUACAAGAACUGUCUUUCUCGCUCUAGAAACCAGGACAAGAUGGUGUUUCUUCCUUGCUGAAGGGCUCCCCUCCCCCCAGGCACCCACUGCGGUCCCUGGUGACCGGCGAAGGGCUGCCCCACGCGGGCUGCGGGAACGCGGCAGGCUCCAGACCAGCACUGCUGGUGGCCUCCGCCUUCUAGAGAAAGUCCCUGCCCCGGGGAGGGUAACCGCACCCGGCGGGAGAGCCAGCCAGAGCUGCCCUGCGAGGGUUUGGCCACUGCUAAGUAACCUCCACCCAGGUAGGCAACUCGGCCUCGGUGGCAGAGGGACUCGAGCUCAGGGAGAAGGGAGCGAGGGACUCGCCUGGCUUCAGCUAGCCCUGGAGGUUGCCGAGGCAGAGGGGCGGGAGCCCCAGACGUGGAGCUGAGGCCCCCAGGGGCCUGGACUGGAGAGGCCGACUCGCAGGUCUCCUGCCAGCCUGGAAGCUGACGGUGGGCGGAGGGAGUCAGACCUGGCUCUAGACGCGUGUCUGUCCUGGGCUAACAGCUCAACUUCUCUCCGGUUCGGUCUCCUGAGCCUUUCCCCCAGCUCGGAAAGCUGGAGCCUCCCGUUUUCCAAGAGAAGAUAGAAACUCAGUUGCUCUGGUCCCUCCCAAGGCCUGUGACGGAGAAGCCUCGGGUCGUGUGUCCAGGGCUGUGGAGCUAUGAUCUUUGCGUCCCCACUGCCGGCAGCCAUGGCUUAGGACGAGUGAUGUCGGGGUUCCCGGGACCAGGGCUGAGGUGCAGGUGACCCCUCAUGGGCUUCCAGAGGCGGCUGAGCCCUCUGCUGACAGGCCUGUCUGUGGCGCUCCUGGUACUCCUCAGCGGGGUGGCGCUUGUCCAGCCCACCGACCUCUCAGCACUGGCCCACCACCCCCACUUGUGCCAGACCACCAGGGAGGCUGAUGGCCACCACUACCCGGGUUUCUUCUGCCCUCGGCUCUCUGAUGCGCCCGAGGAAGCCUACUGCUGCCACCUGCAGGCUGCGGGGGGCUCUUGCUGCACCCAGGACGAAUUCGAGGCCCUGUACCAGGUGAACCUGUCUGCCCUUCCACCCGCCCCCAUCUUCAGAGGCCCGGGACCUCUCCUAGCGCUGGGCCUGUACAGCCUGCUCCUUGUGGCGCUGAUGACCGCAGACCUCGUGCACUUCUGCCGCGGCCGGGGUCGGGGUGGAGGCCCGGGCCGGAGACGUGGUCCCUGCCCAGGCCGGGGCCGGGUUCGGGCUCUGGAUCGCUGGCGCCGCGGACCUCCGGCGAGGUCCUCCGCGGCGCGCCCCCUGCAGGUCUGGGACGGUGGGGACGUCAAAGCGCUUUACCGGCGGAGCCAGGCCCAGGAGAAGCUGGGCCGCCUGGACCAGGCCGUCCUGGACCUGCAGAGAUGCGUGAGCCUGGAGCCCAAGAACAAGGUCUUCCAGGAGGCCCUGCGCGACAUCGGGGGCCAGAUCCAGGAGAAGACUGACGCCUGGCACGGCGGGAGCCGGCGCUGUGGAAAUGAGGGGGAGGGCCUGGAGGCGGUGGUGGGCGUGGGCGGCGAAUGCGCUGGAAUCUGUGUCACGCCAGAGGGGGUGCGCGGGCGGCUGCCGCCCGGUGCCCGGGAGGGAGGGGCCGGCUCCGGCUUCCGCGUGCCCCCUGUGCCCACGCCGCGUCUGCUCGCCCGGCAGAAGCAGCUCAGCUCGGAAGGACAAACAGCCGCAGGGCGUUUGGGAGACGCCAUGGCGCGUCUCUUCCUGCCCGGAGUGCGCUACAUGUCCUCCACCGACGCCAAGGUGGAGCAGAUGUUUCAGAUUCUCCUGGACCCCCAAGAGAAAGGCACCGAGAAAAAGCAGAAGGCUUCUCAGAACCUGGUGGUGCUGGCCCGGGAGGAUGCCGGGGCUGAGAAGAUCUUCCGGAGCAACGGGGUACAGCUCUUGCAGCGCCUGCUGGACACAGGGGAGGCUGACCUGAUGCUGGCCGCCCUGCGCACGCUGGUCGGCAUUUGCUCGGAGCACCAGUCUCGGACGGUGGCCACGCUGAGCGUGCUGGGAACCCGGCGUGUGGUCUCCAUCCUGGGCGUGGAGAGCCCGGCUGUGUCCCUGGCUGCCUGCCACCUGCUGCAGGUGAUGUUUGACGUCCUCAAGGAAGGCGUGAGGAAGGGCUUCCGCGGCAAAGAGGGCGCCAUCAUCGUGGACCCUGCCCGGGAGCUGAAGGUCCUCAUCGGCAACCUGCUGGAGCUCCUGACUGAGGAGGGGGUUUCGGGCCAAGGCCGCGACAAUGCCCUGACCCUCCUGAUUAAAGUGGUGCCCCGGAAGUCCCCUAAGGACCCCAACAACAGCCUCACCCUCUGGGUCAUUGACCAAGGCCUGAAGAAGAUUCUGGAGGUGGGGGGCUCAGUGCAGGACGCCCCCGGGGAGCUCUCGGUGACCGCCGGCAGCCGCAUGAGCGCCUCCAUCCUCCUCAGCAAGCUCUUUGACGACCUCAAGUGCGAUGGGCUCUGCAAGCUCGGCUCAGCCGGCGGGACCGACUUCAGCAUGAAGCAGUUCGCUGAGGGCUCCACGCUCAGACUGGCCAAGCAGUGUCGGAAAUGGCUGUGCAACGACCAGAUGGACGCGGGGACUCGGCGCUGGGCGGUGGAGGGCUUGGCCUACCUCACCUUUGAUGCCGACGUGAAGGAGGAGUUUGUGGAGGAUGCGGCCGCCCUGAAGGCCCUGUUCCAGCUCAGCAAGUUGGAGGAGCGGUCAGUGCUCUUUGCCGUGGCCUCGGCGCUGGUCAACUGUACCAACAGCUACGACUACGAGGAGCCCGACCCCAAGAUGGUGGAGCUGGCCAAGUACGCCAAGCAGCACGUGCCCGAGCAGCACCCCAAGGACAAACCGAGUUUCGUGCGCGCUCGGGUGAAGAAGCUGCUGGCGGCGGGCGUGGUGUCGGCCCUGACGUGCAUGGUGAAGGCCGAGAGCCCAGCGCUGACCAGUUCCUGCAGAGAACUGCUCUCCAGGGUCUUCCUGGCGCUGGUGGAAGAGGUCGAGGACAGGGGCACGGUGGUUGCUCAGGGCGGCGGCAAGGCUCUGCUCCCGCUGGCCCUGGAGGGCACGGACGUGGGGCAGACCAAGGCCGCCCAGGCUCUCGCCAAGCUCACCAUCACCUCCAACCCAGAGAUGACCUUCCCCGGGGAGCGGAUCUAUGAGGUGGUCCGGCCCUUGGUCUCCCUGCUGCACCUCAACUGCUCGGGCCUGCAGAACUUCGAGGCGCUCAUGGCGCUGACCAACCUGGCGGGGAUCAGCGAGCGGCUCCGGCAGAAGAUCCUGAAGGAGAAGGCUGUGCCCAUGAUCGAGGGCUACAUGUUCGAGGAGCAUGAGAUGAUCCGCCGGGCGGCCACGGAGUGCAUGAGUAACUUGGCCAUGAGCAAGGAGGUGCAGGACCUCUUCGAGGCCCCGGACAACGACCGGCUGAAGCUGCUGGUGCUGUACAGCGGCGAGGACGACGAGCUGCUGCGGCGUGCGGCCGCCGGGGGCCUGGCCGUGCUCACCUGCGCCCGGCCCUCGCUCUGCAGCCGCAUUCCCCAAGUGACGUCGCACUGGCUGGAGAUCCUGCAGGCCCUGCUGCUGAGCCCCAGCCAGGAGCUGCAGCACCGGGGCGCUGUGGUGGUGCUGAACAUGGUGGAGGCCUCGCCCGAGGUGGCCGGCACCCUGAUGCAGAGCGAGGUGCUGGAGAUCCUGUCUGUGCUGGCCAAGGGCAAGGACGGCCCAGUCACCAGGGCUGCCACGGCUUGCCUGGGGAAAGCCGUGGACUACGGGCUCAUCCAGCCCCGCCAGGACGUAGAUUAAAUGGCUAGCGGCACGGUUCAGGGAGUGUGGACAAUGCAGCUUCGGCCACACGCUGGGUGCUCAGCACUGCGGUCUUCUCCCUAGCUGCCCAGGGCACUGCCCUGCGGACUCUGGGGACCGCACAGACACCGCCUGCGCUGCCCGCGCCCACUGGCCCACAGGCAGCCCUUUCUCUGAGCUCUAGAAGCCCGCAGCUGCGCCCUGACGCCCAGGGCCCUGCCCGGGAAGGGCACACCGGCCGCAGCACCAGCCCAGCGUCGCCCGAGCCUGCUGCCAGGGCACCCACCCUCCACCCCCAUCCCCACCCCAAUAAAAGUGUGCCUC